GCAGCGCGUAACGAUAGUUUAACCAACUACAACCCCCUCGCACUCACGGCGAUAUUUGUCAGCCAUUGACAACCCUGUUCGGUGAACUUGAAUUUAGUUAUUUUCGUGUGCUGUGCGCCGAUAAACCGAAUUGUGGUGAAAUAUCCGUCUCGAACUAUUGAACGAUUUCCGAUUGAAGAAUGGGCAACAACGCAUCCCAGGGAGUCGCAGCUCCAAGUGUUUCGGCCGCCCAGCCGGUGACCACCGCAUCCGCAGCCUCCGCAUCCGGCGAAAAGCCCAAGUGCAAGGCCUGUUGCGCCUGCCCGGAGACCAAGAGGGCACGUGAUGCCUGCAUUGUGGAGAACGGCGAGGAGAACUGCUCGGCGCUGAUAGAGGCGCACAAGAAGUGCAUGCGCGAUGCCGGCUUCAAUAUCUAGAUAUACCGACACAUCCUGGGAUGAGGACACCAGGAUUAUAGGAUAACACUAGUCCUGCACACACGCCCAGUGCCACUCCCCUAGUACCCAGUCCCUUCAACUGUUUGUUUUUGUUGCAUCUCAAGCUAAUUAUAGAACUAAAUUAAUUGAAA